UUAACCCAAAAAAGAAAGGAAAAAAAAAGAAAGAGAGAAAGGCAGCGGAGGCAAGUAUAUUUCACGCACAACACAGAGGUUCAGUUAGCGUCAAUGGCUUCCCUCGUCUCAAUCUUUCUUCUUUUGGCGUUUACGUCUUUCUCCUCCAGCUCUUCUGCUGAAGUUAGCAGGAAGGAACUAAGGAGUGAGGAAGCCAACAAAGAAACUUUCAUACACUUUGGCCACUCAGUUCAUUCUAACAGAAUUGACCCUUCACGGGCUGUCCAACUAUCUUGGCGACCAAGGGUCUUUUUAUAUCAAGGUUUCCUAUCAGAUGAGGAGUGUGACCACCUUGUUUCUUUGGCACGUGGUGGAGAAGAGAAAUCAUUGACAGAAUAUGAUGAUUUAGGAAACACCAACACAAUCAGGCUGCGUAAAAGUUUAGAAAUUCCCUUGAACAUGGAGGAUGAGAUAGUUUCAAGGAUUGAGGAAAGAAUUUCAGCUUGGACUUUCCUUCCUAAAGAGAAUAGCAGAGCUUUACAGGUUUCCCGUAAUGGGGUCGAGGAGGCUGAGAAGAAUUUAAAUUUUUUUGGUAACAAAUCUACAUUGGAACAGAGUGAGCCCUUGAUAGCAACAGUCAUUUUGUAUCUCUCAAACGUCACUCAUGGUGGCGAGAUUCUAUUCCCAGAGUCUGAGCUGAGGAGCGAGGUUUGGUCUGAUUGUGGAAAGAGUAGCAGCAUCUUGAAACCCACUAAAGGAAACGCAAUCCUGUUUUUCACUCUUCGUCUUAAUGCAUCUCCGGAUAAGAGUAGCCCCCAUACCAGAUGCCCAGUACUAGAAGGGGAAAUGUGGUGUGCCACAAAAUUCAUUUAUGCAAAAGCCAUUGGUGGGGAAAAAGUGUCAUCCGAUUCCGAGAGCAGCGAAUGCACCGAUGAAGACAAUAACUGUCCCAAUUGGGCUUCGAUUGGGGAGUGUCAAAGGAACCCUGUAUUCAUGGUUGGUUCGCCUGAUUACUAUGGGACAUGCAGGAAGAGUUGUAAUGUGUGUUGAUGGGCAAACCUCUAGAGUGUCCUUUACCUUGACAACUAUUGUUUCCACAAUGCAGAUUGGUCAAUAAAGAUUACAGCGUGAAUAUCAAACUUCUUAAUUUGA